UCCUCGCCCGCGCCGUCCCCGCGGCUCCCGCCGGCCCCCGCGGGCCGGGCCCCGCGUUAUGUCGUGAUCCCGGGCGGGCGGCGCUGCUGCUGCUGCUCAUGGGGCUGCUCAGGAUUAUGCUGCCGCCCAAGUUGCAGCUGCUGGCGGUGCUGGUGUUCGGGGUGGCCGUGCUGUUCCUGGAGAACCAGAUCCAGAAGCUGGAGGAGUCCCGCGGCAAGCUGGAAAGGGCUAUUGCAAGGCAUGAAGUCAGAGAAAUAGAGCAGCGUCACACAGUCGAUGGUCCCCGACAAGAUGUGACACUGGAUGAGGAAGAUGAUGUGGUGAUUAUUUACAACAGAGUACCCAAGACUGCCAGCACAUCCUUCACAAAUAUUGCCUAUGAUCUCUGUGCUAAGAACAAAUACCAUGUUCUACAUAUCAAUACAACCAAAAAUAACCCUGUUAUGUCUCUGCAAGAUCAGGUGCGCUUUGUGAAGAACGUGACCUCGUGGAAGGAGAUGAAGCCGGGAUUUUACCACGGCCACGUCUCGUACCUGGACUUCGCCAAAUUUGGUGUUAAAAAGAAACCAAUUUACAUAAAUGUCAUAAGAGACCCUAUAGAACGCCUAGUUUCUUAUUAUUACUUUCUGCGCUUUGGAGAUGAUUACAGACCAGGGCUACGGAGGCGAAAGCAGGGGGAUAAAAAGACCUUUGAUGAAUGUGUGGCAGCUGGAGGUUCCGACUGUGCUCCAGAGAAACUUUGGCUUCAAAUUCCAUUCUUCUGUGGCCACAGCUCAGAAUGCUGGAAUGUGGGAAGCAGAUGGGCUUUGGAACAAGCCAAAUACAAUCUGAUUAAUGAAUACUUCCUAGUGGGAGUUACUGAAGAGCUUGAAGACUUUAUCAUGUUAUUGGAGGCAGCUCUGCCCCGGUUCUUCAGGGGUGCUACAGAACUGUACCGGACAGGAAAGAAGUCGCAUCUUAGAAAAACAACUGAGAAAAAACUUCCCACAAAAGAAACUAUUGCCAAGCUACAGCAGUCUGAAAUCUGGAAAAUGGAGAAUGAGUUCUAUGAAUUUGCACUGGAGCAAUUUCAGUUUGUCAGAGCACAUGCAGUUCGGGAAAAAGAUGGAGAAUUGUAUAUUCUGGCUCAAAACUUUUUCUAUGAAAAGAUUUACCCUAAAUCAAACUAAGAAUCCUAUACUAUUAGAUUUAUGGACCUAAAUCUUUGGCCACAUCAUCAUCUUAGUCCUCAGCCAUGGAAAUUAGAUUGCUUGUAGACCUCCAAGACAUUUCUUUGUACGAGAAAAGUGGGUUGUGGAUCACCUCCAGGGCUUUGGAUAUAGCUGUGUUGGUAAUCCAGAAGCAAAGGCUUCAUUUCUUUUAUCUAACUAAUAUUUUCAGUGGGAGUCAAUAUCCUUAACCUGAAGAAAUCUACAAUGUAAUUUGGAGCAAUUAAUACAAGGCAGUUUUAUUUGAAAAUGUAAACAAUCAAAAAACCACUUCUGUUGAUGCUCUUUUUAAUUUUCAGAGCAAUUUAUUUUCAUUUAUACUUCUGUGAAGAGGAAAUAAUUUUUCCCCAGCUUUCACCAUGGAAAUUUCUGUUGUAUACAGUAUGAGUAGCCCUAAUAACUGGUUGACAUCUGUGCUUUGUUUUAGUGAAUCAUGUCACAUGAUAUUAAUUGGGAUGGUUAAUCAUGUUCUGCUGAGAAAUGCUGCUGCUGGAAUUGGCAUAUUUAUAUAUGUGGUUUUAUUAAAAAAUUACAAAUA